AUGCCUCUCUACAACGUUACCUUGAAGCAGGAUUCCCCUCCCGAGGAGCUUGAGAAGGCCAAGAGGGAGGCUCGGGAGAACGGAGGCACCAUCAGACAUGAGUACAGCCUCAUCAAGGGUUUCACCGUCGAGUAUCCCUCCGACCACAUCCACACCCUUCAGUCGUCGGAGCACAUCCAUGUCGAGGCUGAUGGCAACGUCAGCACGCAGUAA